CUAGCCCAUUGGGCACCAGACCAAGUUCAGUCAUCUCUCUCUCUCUCUCGCUCUCUCUCUCCAUUCCACCUUCUUUCCCACUCCAUAUAAAAAAAACCCUGUACUCCCGUAACUCAAUAAAUGCCCUUAUCCAACUCUCAAAACCAAGCCCUUAACCCAAACUCUCUCCUCUUCUUUGAAGCUCACUCUUUGUGAUUUUAAUUAGUAUGGAAACAAUGAACAUGUGCUCUACUUCUUCUUCAGAUUCUUCCGCUUCGGAGUCUUCUUUCAAUGACAAUAAAACACCAAGAAGUACCGAUAAAUCUGCCAGAAUUAAAGGUCCAUGGAGUUCAGAGGAAGACAUGAUUUUGACUGGGCUUGUUGAGCGACAUGGACCAAAAAACUGGUCCUUGAUAAGCCGUUACAUAAAGGGUAGGUCUGGGAAAUCAUGCAGGCUCAGGUGGUGCAAUCAGUUAAGCCCAAAUGUGGAGCACCGUCCAUUCUCUCCAGCUGAAGAUGAAGCAAUCCUGGUUGCUCAUGCCAGAUAUGGUAACCGAUGGGCCACCAUUGCCAGGUUGCUUCCGGGUCGUACUGAUAAUGCGGUCAAGAACCACUGGAAUUCCACGUUGAAGAGAAGGGCAAGACAACGCCAAAGUCAAAUGAAUUUGGAAGGCAACUUUGAUAGUAAUUAUGGCAACAAUUACGAAUGCAUUGAUAUUAAUAUGACACCAGGAUCUAUGGCAGAUGGCAUGGUGAGAGAGGAGGAGGAUGCGUUGACAGCGUUGACUCUUGCGCCGCCGGGGAUUGGUGGUGCAGUUUGUGGUAGCAAUGGUGGAAUGGUGGUGGAGAGGACGGCGGAGAGUUUGCCGGCUGGAUUUUGGGAUGUGAUGAGGGAUGUUAUUGCAAGGGAAGUAAGGGAGUAUGUGAGUUCUACACUAUAAAUGUGAGAGUCCUUCAGGGUUUCAUUGAUUAGGUGUAAAUUAAUUAGAGAAGAGGUGAAACAAUGCCUGGUGUUGUUAUUUUGGUUGAUUUACUCAACCAUUAAGAUUUUAUCACUAUGGGUUUUUCCAUGUAAAACUCUUGGAUUAGAUUACCUUCAUAGAUCUUCUGUCUGACAAAUCUUGGAAUAAAAUUUUUGAGAAUAAAUCUUGUGCGAA